GGGACCUUAAUGUCUCUUUUGCCGCCUGAACUGCGAAUGAGCUCAUCGAUCCGGUCGUGGUCUCAAAGCCAGGGUGGUUGUGAGCGAACCUCCAAACGGAGCACAUCCUUAGAAAACGACAGAGAAACGUGAGGGCCAGCUCACGUGUUAAUCGACGUGGAUGAGACACACAUUUCAGAAGUGGGAAGCUUGGAAGGGCAGACGGACCUAUUUUCAUCUUUUAAAAUAGGUUUUUUAAAGUGUCCUUUUUUCUUUCCUUCCCAGUAAAUCCAAAUAACUUAAAAUUUUUUAGCAGCAGUGUAAACUGCUGAAAGUGAGUCGUUUAGAGACGUACUGAGAAAAGUGGGUCAGGAAAUGCUUUAUCUUUGUCCGUCCCUAUCGUCUUCCUCUUUAAUUCUCGGGGAGGGAAACCCAGAAACCCCAGGCUCAGGGGAGAGCAACCAGCAAGCUCCUAGAGUGAGUUCAUUUCCCUUCAGGUAUCUCUUUUCUAGCCCAGAGUUAACAACUGGGUAGAGGGAAAGAAGAGAAAGAAAUCUUUCCUUUGGGUGGUGGUGAGCCUGGUGGCAGUCCUCCCUUAGGACCCUCCACUGAGGGGUGGAUGGGUCAUGGCCUGCCAUACAGGCAAGAUGCUGGGAGGCUGGGUGCACAUUUAGGGGGGGAUAUGCGACGUGUGUGGCCAGGUUAGAAAGCCUCAGAAUCCCAUCACCUUGAUACAUCUGCUUUCACUUUUGCUGAUUUUUUUUGUCCUCCUUGUCUGUUUGUAUCAAUGUAAUGUUUAAGAACUGGAUCUCAUACUUGAACAUUGCCGCCUUAGUAGUAAGCCUGAGGCCUCAGUUAAAUGUAACAGUGUAUUUAGAUGUGUGUGUGUUUAGGAAGGUUAUAACAAUUUGUAUUUUUAUUUACUACCUUUUCUUUUAAAAGAAUCUUAUUUAUUACCUUUUUGAAAAAUGGGUAUAAGAAAUGGAGAUAGACUUCAAAGACAAAUAGUAAAUUAAUGGAAAAUAAUUAAAGGAGAUUAAGGCUUUUAGCUUGAUAUAAAAUACACUGUGUUACUCAGACCUUUAAUUUGCAAGUAAAAUGAGACAAAGUCCUGUUAAUAUUCUUUCCUGUCUGAUCUUUUCUCCGCCUGUGUCGUCAUAAAUUUGCACUUAAAAAGCUGUAUAGGCAUUUGAUCUUUAUAUAAAUUCUACACAUGGUCCUAGUUUUAACACCAGUGGGAGUAAAAAAGUAAAAUCACUUUUUUAUAAGCUUUGCACCCACUUUAUUGGUAAGAUCUGAUGUUUUCAAUUCUAUAUGAUGAUAGUUAAUUUCAGACAUUUAGUGAGGUGCAAUGCCAUGAAUGAAAAGCCUACCACCGUUAUAAUUAAAUUUUAAAAAAUGAUUUAGUACAUCUCUUUUUAAGUAAACUUACCAGUCUCCUUUGUAUCAUUUGAUAUAUUUUUGGUUUUUAAUGAGUACUAAGAUAUGGAAGAAGACACAACAAGGUAAGGCUACUGCUUUGAAAUGUUUGUGAAUUUCUAGAUAAUUGUUGCCCACAUUUGGGACUAAAUAUGGUAGGUCUUGAAAUUCUUUAGGGAACAUUGGGUUUGAGUGGAGAAAGGCAUUUAUUUAGUGGAGAAUUGAGUGCUUAUAGGAUUAGUGUUACAAUCCUGAAGUCCACACCUUAAAAAAGGUUAAGAUUUCCUGCUUUAGUUGCAACCUAAAUAAUGGAGAGGGAGGGAGCUCCUUAAAACAUGUGCUUUUCUUUUCUCCUCUUAAUAUUGUUUCCUCCUUCGUCUUCCUUUCUCCUCAAUAAAUAGCAGCAGCAGCAAAACCUACCUUGUUUUCACAGUGUACUAUGGAAGACCAGGGAGUACAGCCCUACUACAAGGAACUGAUAAAUUAGAUGACUACCUACAGGAUGAAGGCUUUAAAGAAGUGCCUUUCAAAAAACUGUAGACUAUGGACCACCUGCACAGAGUCCCCUGGAGUGCUUGUUAAACACACAUGCUUGGGCUUUACCUGAGAUCUUGUUCAUUGAACCCUCUGGAAGGGGCUAGGUUCUGCCUUUUAAUUUAUUUUAAACAAGCCUCCUCAGGUAAUUCUUAUGAUAAAUAUCACGUUUGAGACUUACUUUAAUGUACAAGGUAGUUUGGUCACGAUUAGUUGCUAAAUAAUUAGAAUCGAGGAAAAACAAACAAAAGAUUACUAUUUAAUACCUAAAAGGUGUUAGUUAGAAGAUGGCAAAUAGUAACUCAACAGGCAAGUAACACUUUCUACCUGAAUAGAAAAAUGGGGAACUGUGCUAUCUGUGGUCAGGGCUUGCAUGUCCACGUGUGAAAUUAGCACUAGCUAGCUACUCAAUUCUAAGAACUAUGAAUAUAGUUCCUGUUGCACAAAGACAUACGGCUUUCAUAAACAUUUUAGUUUUUACGAGCAAGCUUGCAAAUUUUCCUACGGGGACUCUUUAUUAUAUGUAAAUCAGUGUCUCCAGGAUUCCAGAGUUUUGAAACCACUCAUAUAAAAUGAAUGCCUGUCGGUGGUAUUGAGGGGUAAAGCAAAGUGAGUGAAAAAGUGCUUAUUGGAAUACAAAGUGCCAGACAUAGUUAAGACUUCAGUAGUUUGAGAUAAUAAUCUUGGGAGAUGAAGACUAAAACUUGCAACAUGGGACUUAAUUUCUUCCAGGCAAUAAUAGGAGGGAAGACGGACACAAAGCGGUGCAUGAUUAACAUCCAAGGGAAUUAUGGAGCCAGUGUGGGAGGAGCUCAGAGGUGAUGGUGUUGUGGUCAGGCUGGGGGCCCCCCACGUUCUGGGCCCGGGGUAGGCACUGAAACAGGCAGGUCUCCUUUCAAGCCUAACUUCUAAAAGUUAGCAGAAACCAGACUCCUAACUGAAUAGACAUCGGGAAAUGAGUGGUAAUUUAAUAACUCUCUGACCAUUCCCUUUCUUUCUUAAUACUCUACCAAAACGGGCAGAAAACUUGAUUCUCUCCUCAGAUAAUUCCUUCCGGGGAGAUGAGUAGUGUAUGUGCUUUUUGGCCUAGUUAAGGUUGAGGCCUAAGGAGAAUUGAAGGACUGCUUUGACUCUGGUUUAUUUAAGAAGGUAAAAGUAAGGACUAACAGUGUUUACAAGAGGCAUAGAUUGUUAGUACUGCAAAUAAAUUUAUUUGGUGCUGAUUAUAUAGUAAAAUUUUUACUAGCUGUGAAUGCAUGGUGAGACCCAGUGCCUUCUCCCACUUUAACCAGGUGACAACACAAACGUCUUCUUUGCUGUCUGUCAGUCCUUGCACACUGGUGUCACUGUUCUGGUCCAGGCUUCAGAUUUCCUCUCACCUUUCCUGUCUGUUCAUUUACCAGGGCCUGACUGUUUCCCACACAGGUGCCUACUUCUUCUGUUAACUUUUUGCCCAGGCUAUUUCGGGUACUGUUGCCUCCUACCUAAACAGUCUCUAACUGGCUGCCCACUUCUGAUCUCCCUGCCCUUCCAGUCCAUCUGCUGCAGAACCAUCUUCCUGAUUGCUUCUUUUUUUUUUUUUUUUUUCUUUUGUGGUACGCGGGCCUCUCACUGUUGUGGUCUCUCCCGUUGCGGAGCACAGGCUCCGGACGCGCAGGCUCAGCGGCCAUGGCUCACGGGCCCAGCCACUCCGCGGCAUGUGGGAUCCUCCCGGACCGGGGCACGAACCCGUGUCCCCUGCAUCGGCAGGCAGACUCUCAACCACUGCGCCACCAGGGAAGCCCCUGAUUGCUUCUUUGAUGCCCCCAGAUCUGCAUCCAGAAUGAGUAUAUAUUUCUUAACUUGGUUUUCUGUGUCCUCCAGGGUCUGGCCCCAACCUGCUUUUCUGGUGGUCUCGUGCUCUGCCCCCUUUUACCUCUACUGGAAGCUCGUGGGAAUACUGUUGGAGCUGUGGUCCCUAAAAUUUCCCUCCUUUGUUCUUCAUUUUCUUUCCUGACUUUUCUUCCUGCUCAGACCCACUUUUCCAACUGCCGACCUGUGUCAGAGCACAAGGCCAGGUUUGCCUGUUUUCUCCCUCCUCUGCUCCCGCAGCACUCCCACAAAUCCCUGUCUCUGGGAAAGGAGGAGUCCUGCCAAUAUCAGAAGUGAAGAGUUAGACUUAUUCCUUGUGCCUGUGAUUCUGGACCUGCCCUAGAGCUCAUCACAUAUUUAAAUGAAUGUCUGUCAAUGAUAGCAGCCACCAUUUAUUGAACGUCUACUGUGUGCUGGCCUCUAAAUGCUCUGGCACCUAGUUGAUUGAAAUCCUCCCAGUAGUAGUCCUGUGAAGGAGGUGGUGUGAUCCAGUUUUACAGAUGAGCAAAUGGAGGCCCUCAGAACUUGAGUAUGCCCAGAUGACACAGCUAGUAAAGCAGCAGAGCCGGGAUGAAGCGCAGGCCUGUCUGUAAAGUUCACUCUGGUGUUCUCACGCUUCUGGCACUUGGCUCUGUGUUAUCACUAUUGGGAUGCGUGCCUGAUCUCCCUGGUGUGAUCGUGUGCUCGUGAUUCAUGGCUGAGCCCAUGCAAAUCUUGGUAUUCCUAGCAUAGCUCUGGCAAAUUGGCGUUUGUGCAUAGCAUGCUUGCUGAGUGGAACUGCAUUCCUCUGUGCCUGCUAAAUUAUACCCUCCUUUAGGAUGAAAAUGGUUUAUCUUCCAUGUGUUAUUUUAACACCUAGUAUGCACUCAGUAAAUACCUGUGGAAUGAAUGGUUGAUGGUAGGGCCGGAGGACUGACUUCAGUGAGGGAUUUAGCUACAAGGUGUCUGAUUUGGUGAAAGUGGACUGUCUCUGUUAGCGAUUAAGCCCUAAGUAUAAUAGUUCAGGAGAGGUUCUAGGCAGCAUAUAAAGCAGUUUAGACAUUUAAAAGAGCUGUGUGAGAGCGGCAUUGUCCAUCUUCAGUUUAUGUAGCUGUGUCCAGGUCAGUUGAGAAGAAAGUCACAUUAUGUCUAUUUAGCUACUGUUUAUUGAGCCCCUGUGUUCUCGAUGUUGGGCUAGGCUCUGUCUUUGUUAUCUCUAACUCAAGUCUGUAGGGCAAUGUGUAUAUUUUAAAAUACCUUUGUCAACAGAUGUUUGUAUAUGAUUUUUUACAAAGAGUCGUGGCCGCUCUGUAUGACAGAGAAGACAUAGGACAGAAGACAUUUACAAAAGAGGAAACUCAAACUCCGAAGAAAGCACUAGUGUUGAUUUUAACCCAGGGCUCCAGAGCUGAGUUUUUUCAAGGCUGCCUCCUUUAGAAGCCGAAUACCCAGUGCUUUCCUACCCUUAGUCUAUCAAAAUGAUGCUCCUGAUCAUUGCUUGCUUCUGAGGUGUCCCAAGAGAGUUGACAAUGCCUCUUACAGCGGGAAGGGUUCUGUUCUCAUCUCACACCCUUGUUUAUGUUAGUUCUUCAGGCUUGGCAAGUCAGCCGGCACUUGGUUUUCUGAAGUGUCAGUUAAAUAUAUGACUUUCAACCACAGAGCAAGGGUGGAGGUUUUUUAUACGCUAAAGUAUUUCAGUGGGCAGGUCCAAAUUAUUUUGUGGGGCUUGACUGUCAUUUUACCUUUUACUUCAGCUAACAGUAAAGCCUUCUUAUUUGAAUAGAACAGUUAUUCAAAGCCUCUUUUAGAUACCAGGUUUCUUCAGAGAAUCUGCUGAAGUCCAAGGAGCCAUUUAUGAGAAAAAUAUACAUAAAGAAUUGUGCGGGAAUUCCCCGGCAGUCCAGUGGUUAGGACUCUGGGCUUGCACUGCAGCAGGCACAGGUUCGAUCCCUGGUCGAAGAGUUAAGAUCCCACACGCCACGUGGCACAGCCAAAAAAAAAAAAAAAAAAUUCUAUGCCAUUUAACUGACAUUAGAAUUUAAAUAAACCCACACUGAUAAAAUAAAUUUUCCCCAAAAAAAAGGAAUUUUGCAUAUAAUCUCAGACUCUUCAUGGCCCUGAUUCAGAAUUUCUAGUAGAGUGGUUUACCCUUCAAAGUGCUAUACACAGUUCCAUUAGUUGAAGCCUUAGUAGGUUUUUAAAAUUUAUUAUGUGAUAAAUUUCUUUUCGCUGGUAUUAUGAUAGUGAGAUAUAUUUCUCUGUCUUCCUUAUGGAUAUUUAGCCUUUAAAAUAUUUUUCUGUUCCUAAAACAACAUCCCAGGAGUGAAGAAGCUACUGGUUUGUAUACACUUUUUUUUUUCCUAUUUAGUGUCUAAUGUUUAUGAAACACUUGCUAUCUUUGGGAUAACUGAAGAUUUAAGUACCUGCUCAAUAGUUGAAAAUAUUGUCAAAUCUGUCACGUAAUUCUCAUUCAUUCAAUACUUGCAGUAACUUUAUGAUGUAAGUAGUAGUAUUCUCAUCUUACAAAUGAGGAGACUGGAGGCUGACAGGUUAAGCAACCUAAGGUAGUGCUAAUAGGUCAUGGUUGGAACCCAGGUUUGCCUCCUUCCACUGUCCGUGGUCUUUUCAGAAACUCAUUUAAAAAACACAGAUAUCUGCCUUGAUCAUUGGAAAGUUUACCUUUAAUACUGAAAAGCCAAACAAAGCAAAAAUAUACACACACAAACAUAACCUUAAAGGAAAUUCAGAUGAAAGAGAACAUAUACCUACCAUCCAGCUACUCCAGCAAAUCAUGCUAGGCCUUCACCACAUCUCUUCACAGCUCAGUAUUAAAUCAAUACCCUGGCAGGAUGAGGGGAGAAAAACUGCUGUGAAAGGAGGAACAGAAAAGUAUCAGGAGGUAGCUAACAGCAGGAUAAGCAUAUCUUUUAGAGUGCGGGACUCAAACCUGACUGGUUCUUGGCUUUGGCUCAGAAGUCUCUUAAAUAUCUGUUGGUUGUAGAUUAAUCAGACAAUAAAACCCCACUGGAAAAGAUAGUGGGUGACUUUUAAAAUUUGACCACAGAGAGACCUAUAACCUAUAACAUUCAUCCGUACCACCAUGUUUGUGUUGAACACUAGGGGUUGUGGGAAAGAGCUUAAGAAUGCUUGGAAUGAAUGAAUCUGAACUCCUAGCAAAGGGACUGAAUAAUAAUACUGGAGAAAAAAACCGAAGCAAAGAAGAAAGGAAAUGAAGGCCCUAUGGAGCCUUUAGGAGCAACUCCUGAAAGAGAAAAAGGGGGAAGAGGGAAGCUAAAUUAUUUUGGAGGCCAAGUUGUGUGUUAAGGGACCUGAACUAGUCUUACCGCAAGAAGAAGGAAGACUUCAGUGAUUUCUUUCAAGUAUUCGCACUUUUUGCCUUCUGUUAAGAGUCACAGAGAAGUUUACUGGUAUAACAAAUUAUGUAUUGCUGUGCAUUCUUUUUAAGCUGCAUUUAUAUAAUUAUUACUAGUAAUUGGAUCUCGGGUUAGAAAAUCACCGUUUAGUAACUUAAGGAUUCACAAGUGUAGAAAUCCCAUUCUUCAAAUGAUCAGGGAAAAUCAUUAGAUUUGAGAUUUUUAUUUUGUAGCCACAUCUAAACUUUGCACUCUAAAGGCAGAUUUUAAAAGGCAGAGUAUAAUGCAAGUAUGACUUUCUGAGGAUGACCUAAGUUACAUGUUACCAAGGUUCUUAUGAGCAGGGAUCUAGCAGAGAAUAAAUUCAGCACUGAAAAUCACAACUUAGUAAUAUGAUGCUGGUCUUGAUGUGUGCUAUUGCUCCGAGCAAGUUGUGUGGGCUGUUAUCUCCUGUGACAUCCCUAUAAAUGAUUUAUUAGUAAUACUUUAUAAGUAGGUUGGGAGAAUUAAUUUAUUUUUCUAAGGCAUUUAAAAAUUGUUUGAUGAAAGGCUCUGUAUGGAGCAAAUUGGUGUCAGUCUGUUUUCCGUCCUCUGAGCCAGGAGAAAAUAGGCACCUUAGGGUGGGAAGGUUGGCUUAUCUUUUGGAGUUCUUUUAUAAACCGCUUUUAUUGAAUUUGAAAUGGAUAUCAGAAGCUCCCAAGAAUAUGGUUAACUAUAAAAGCAAACUUUUCUGGAGUUGGAACUUGGAACUAUGUAUUUUCAUCAAAGAUUUAAAACGGGUAAGUAUUAGUUUGUAAUUGGCCAGACUUGGGGGUAAAAUAUGGCCCUUUGAUGAUCCUGGUCCCCAACUUUGUGUUUAUCUUUUUCUUCAUUUCAGAGAAGAGGUAAGGCUGACUUUCUGAAAAGCAGUCAACUUUACUUUAAAAGAAAAAAUUUAUUUUUGCCUGCGUUGGGUCUUCGUUGCUGUGCGCGGGCUUUCUCUAGUUGUGGUGCACGGGCUUCUUGUUGCCGUGGCUUCUCUUGUGGAACACAGGCUCUAGGCACGUGGGCUCAGUAGUGUGGCUCGCGGGCUCUAGAGCACAGGCUCAGUAGUUGUGGCGCAUGGGCUUAGUUGCUCCGUGGCAUGGGGGAUCUUCCUGGACCAGGGCUCGAACCUGUGUCCCCUGCACUGGCAGGCAGAUUCUUAACCACUGCGCCCCCAGGGAAGUCCCAACUUUUAUUGUCAAUGUGUAAGAUCUAUUUCUUCCAUUAAUCUGUGAAAUCUUUUGCUCCAAAUAAGUUGGCAGUAGGUGCUGGGACAAGGGUUUUCAUCUACGCUUACACGUUCAAGUGUGCAUACUCAAAUGCCUCCAUGUGAAAAUAGCUUGCUUGGAAGAUUUAUAACCAAAUUCUUGCUUUAGGGAAGCUAACAGUCUAAUAGGGCAGGGUAAUGGACAUGCACAAGUAACAGUACUGCAUGCUGUUUUUGAAAAAUGCAUGUUUCUUUCUGAAUUUUACCCCUACUUAAAAAGAAUAAUGGUGAACGAAGAGUAAUAUAACUAUUUUGAAGUAACUUAACAUGAGGCUUGGCUGUUCAUGUAUUUGCAAGAAACUUUAUGCUAAUGUCAAAGAAAAUGAACCAGUGUAGAUGCAUAGGAAGGAAGGUAGGGCCAGUAUACUUCCUGGUGCCUUGAAAGCGCAGCUUCAGAUGCAAUGUGGUGGUCUCUCUCCCUCUGCUUCCCCUCAUGUGACUGAUGAGCUGAGACCUUUCUCCAACUGUACGUGAUUCCCUAGUGAACUAGGGGGUGUAUUUUUCCAACAUACAUUAGUCACCCUACUUACAGCAUUCACGUUCAUAUCCUUAUAACAGAUUGUGUUUAAAAUCUUCACAGAUUUCUCACCUUUUAGGGUUCAGAUUUACUAUCCACUCGGAGUCUGUGACCCUUACUUUUGGCAAGCUUCCAAACAGCUCUUUGGCGGAGACCCUGUCCACUUUAUUCUUGUACCCUUGGGUGGCGCAGCACCAGAGAUCGCUUGCGUAACGCGGGGGGACGGGGGGCGGGGGUGGGAGUGGGGUAGGGUAGCGCACCUUCGCGCAUGCGCCAGUCCGGACCCUGGCUUACCCGGUGACCCCGCCCCCCACUGGGGUAGGUUAGAGAGUAUUUGGCUUUUGAAGGUUUUGAGGGCCCGCCUAGGUAAUUAACACAAUUUACAUUAGUAUAAUGAAGACAGAGUUCCAAGCAACCACCUUGCAAAUGGACCCUGAGAGUUCAGCCUAUCUGUAAUGGAGAUACUGCAGGCCACGAUCCUUGGCUUUGUGAGCUGUUUAUAAUUUAGCCAGAUUUAGUACCCCCCCCCCCGCAAAAAAAAGUCUUUUAAUCACAGAGCGAAAAAACGCUGCCGCAACAUGUGACAGCAAAUGUUUUAAAGCACGGGACGUUUGGUCCCCCAUAAUUUUGUCAUAAGAUUGUCCAAGCGUUUCUUUGAAAGCUAGAUGACGCUGCCAGUAAACGCCAAAAUAGUAGCAGUCGCUUGAACCGAGCGGUAUUACUCUAGGGUGGGGGUGGGACCCAUUCUCGCGCGCGUUCUGCGCCGGCCGGGGGCUUGUUCGCGAACACUGAGGGGUCUGGGCUCCGUGGGGCGGGGCCGCCGGGACUCCGCUAGUGCGCAUGGGCAGGCGUCCUUCUCCGCCCCGGGGGACCCCUUGUUUCCGCCGUUGGCCGAAACACUGCGAAGACCGUUACCUGAGCGCUACCGGUCGCCGACAUGGCUGAGGAAAAUGAUUGCCUGAUGGGAGACGUAGAGAAGGGCGAGGAGCCGAUGGUGACCAUUACCGGUGGUGCGUACUCUGGGAAGCAGGCGGCGGCGGGGGAGGCGGCGGCGGCGGAGGAGCCGAUGAAGGUGGAAGGGGCGGCGGGGGCUGAUGCCUGCUCUGACGACCUCAGCUGUGGGGAGGCCGGCAUCGACCCAAGCCUGCUGGAGCUGGUGGAUGAGGAGAAAUGCCGGAGUAUCCGCAAGCAGUACCGGCAGCUCAUCUAUAACGUCCAGCAGAACCGUGAUGACAUAGUGAACACGUCGAGCGAGUCCUUAACCGAGGCUCUCGAAGAAGCCAAUGUCCUGUUUGAUGCAGUGAGUCGAACGAGAGAAGCGGCCCUCGACGCUCAGUUUCUUGUUUUGGCUUCUGAUUUGGGUAAAGAAAAAGCAAAGCAGCUAAACUCUGACAUGAGCCUUUUUAAUCAGGUGGCAUUUUGUGAUUUUCUGCUUAUAUUUGUGGGUCUAAACUGGAUGGAAGAUGAUGGACGAGAUGCGCUGAGUGACUGUGAUGAUAAUAUAGCUCGCUCUUUUUGGGAGACAGUACAAAAGGAAGCAACGUCGUGGAUGCUGCAAGCUGAAACAUUCCACUUUAUUUUCGGUUCAUUCAAAUCAGAGCCUUCUGCGCGGAAGCCCCGACUUGAGCCCCGGAAAAAAGUUAACAGAAUGGAAGAAAACGGGGAUAUGCCUACAAAACUGAGGAAGCUGGACCUGAGUAGUAAUCAAGAAGCGACAGAAAAAGAAGUAGAAAGAAUCUUGGGAUUGUUGCAAACGUACUUUCGAAAGUAUCCUGAUACUCCCGUGUCCUAUUUUGAGUUUGUGAUUGACCCAAACUCUUUCUCUCGUACUGUGGAGAAUAUAUUUUAUGUUUCUUUCAUUAUAAGGGAUGGUUUUGCAAGAAUAAGGCUUGACCAAGACAGGCUGCCAAUAUUGGAGCCCAUUAAUAUUAACCGCGUGGGUGAGGGGAAUGAUUCCAGUUCCCAUGGCAGGAAACAAGGAGUUAUAUCUUUGAGUUUACAGGACUGGAAAAAUAUUGUGGCAACUUUUGAAAUUUCAGAGGCCAUGAUCUCAAACUCGUACUAAAGAUUUUUUUCUUAGUGUAGGAGACAUUUUGUGGCUUUUCUUAAGCAUCUCAAAAUGGAGAGUAAAAUCCAGACAGAAGCACACAUUGUAUCUCUAGUAAAGUGAAAAAGUAUUUUCAAGAACAUCAGAAAUUGU